ACUCUGUUUUGUUGCUUUGGCUGGAGUUUUUAUCUGUUUUCUGCUUCACCACUCCUUUUUAUUGGAGAGUGAGAGAGAGAGAGAUGGAGGAGGAAUAUGUUAUGAUUGAUCUUGAUGAAGUUUCAAGGCACAUUGAGAUUCCAUCAGAUGCUCCUUAUACUUUAUCAGGUUUGGAUACUUUGAAUCCGGUGUUGACCAUUGAUGGCAAAAUCAAGCUGGUUGGAGAAUAUAUUGAAACAAUUGGUACAUGCCUUGCUUUCUCUGAAAAGGAAGUAGUUUCAGCAAGUGAAAACAAGAAGAAGAUAGUUGAACCUGUUGCAAAACUCCACAAGAUUCUUAAGUUUAGAUUAGCAGCAUUAGAAAAUGAUGAUGGAGAAAUAAAAACAAACAAUUUGUAAAAGUUUUUCCCUUGUUCAAGUCAAAAGUUCCUCGUCUCUUUCUACUAUCUUCAACUCUCUUUUUUUAGGUAUUGUUUGGACUUGCUUAUUGGCAAUAAGUUAUUGCCAAACGU